AUGAAAACUGUUUUUCUAUUAAUAAUGGUUUUAGUUGCUGGUGACCAUAGCAAUGUUAUGGGAGAUCAUGUUAAGCAUUCCAAAAAGACUCCACAUACUACCACUCAAAUAAUCCAACAAAAAGGUUAUCGUGCCGAAACACAUACUGUUAUCACUGAAGAUGGUUACAUCCUUACACUUGACAGAAUAUCUGCUAAUAAAGAAGGUAUUUCAGGAAAACAACCCGUAUUCCUACUGCAUGGUGUAUUCGAUACCAGUUACGUUUGGAUAAAUAAUAUAAACACUUCCCUAGCUUUUUUGUUGUCUGAUGAAAAUUUUGACGUUUGGAUGGGAAACUCUAGAGGAAAUCCGUAUUCUAACACUCACCUAAAGUACUCUCCAUUAAGUCCACAAUAUUGGAAUUUUAGUUUUCAUGAAAUGGGUGUUUACGAUCUACCUGCUUGCAUAGAUUAUAUAUUAAAUGUAACAAAUGCUAGCGACACCAUAUACUACGUUGGCCAUUCUCAAGGUGGUUCUGUUUUUUAUGUGUAUGCCUCAACGUUUCCCGAAAUGGCUGUAAAAAAAUUUAAAAUUGCCGUUACAUUGGCACCUGCUGUCUUUUUAGGACAUGCGAAUGAAUUAACGAGAUUAUCAUCAACACUCCUGACUGGCAAUAAGUGGCUGCUUAAUCCGUCGAGAGUAACACACAUCAAUUUAUCAAACAUGUACCAGUUUGUUACACGUGAUUGUGAUGAUUCGCCCCUUGCUACACCAUUUUGCAAGACAUUAAUAGAAGUAAAUGCUGGAUUUGAUGGGAUGUCAUUCAACCAUUGUUUGGGCACCCAUCUGUCAAUGUUUCGAUAAAGACUGGAAUUCAUUACGGACAGCUGUUUAGAACUGACGAAUUUCAAAAGUAUGACUACGGUCCACAUGGAAAUUUAAAGGCGUAUGGCAUUCGUAA